AUGGUUCGGAAACCUGGGCAUUUCGCAAGCAGGAAAAAAAACGCGGUGAGCGUCAUUGAACGCGCAACUGAGAGUGUGAUAUUAGGAGUAUCCCGUUUCACGCAAGUGAGGGACGGGAUUCGAAGUUCUCUCCUACAUCAGCGAUCGAAGAUUGGAGACGCCGCCGUGUUUGCCAAGGAAAGUAAAAUAAGUUGGGCCGGACACGUGAUGCGCUUUAACGACAACCGUUGGACCAGAGCCGUGAGCGACUGGGUUCCCCGCGAUAUUAAGCGCACUACAGGAAGACCGCCGACCCGAUGGUCAGAUUUCUUCACGAAGUCUUUCAAAGAAAACUGUGAUGCUCUUCGCGCCCCACGCGAAAGGAGGAACCACUGGGCUACUCUGGCACGCGAUCGGGACAAAUGA